GAUUUGAGUGAGAUAAUGUCAUUUUUUUAUCUUGUUUCAGAGCCACCAGCUAUUACAGAAGAGGAGUUUGAAAAUUCUUUGGCAACAGAUGAUUUCCUUGUGGACUACUUAAAUGAAUUCCUAAGCCUUCCAACCUUUUCAGAGGCAAUUAGGUUUAAUGCGGACUUUGGAGUUUUUGAAGUAGUUAACAAUGCUCCACAACUUCUGGAAAAGCAACUGAAAAAAAUUCUGCUAGACCAGCAACCUCGGAAUCCCAUCUAUGAUGUUGUAAGAAAAGAAAAGAAUAAUGUCAAACCUGUUCAAGUGAAUGCCCCCCACUAUGAAGAUAAGACUGUUAACGUCAACUACAAUAUUAUGUGUCUCAGUCGUGAACAAGGUAUUCAGUGGAUCAAAAAAGAAAGACUUCCAGCAUUUCUGGAAAGUGAUUGCUACUUUGAAUACAGGUUAGCCAAAUUGGUUUCACAAGUAAGAUGGAGUGAAUCAGGCAUGAACAUCAUACUAGGUACAGAUUUUUCUCCCUGGGUCCUGAAAAAACCACCCAGUCCACCACCUCCUGUUGUUGAAGACGACAAUGUUAUGAUUCUGAAAAAGUUCUACAUUUCUCUUGGCGAGGCGUCGUAUACUCAAACAAAAGAUUGGUUUACAUUAGCAAAACAAAGUCAGCAAACAGUAUCAACCUUUUCAUUACCAUCUUGUGUGCUCCACAAUAAAACUGAAUCACCAGUUAUUUCAUCUGUUUCUGAGAGUUUUAUUUUUGAUGAUGGAGUUCACCCCAGGAUGAAAAAGGACCCAUCUAAAGCCACUAGAUUAAUUUCUGAAUUUGAAGAAGAUGGAUCUGUAUCUCUACAAGACACUCCUUCUCAAGCUCUUCUGAGGAUAUACCUUGAAAAGAAACAGGAUGUUGAUGAAAGCCUGAUACUGCAUUUCUCAACAUGUGAAGAAUUUUUAAAAUCUUAUAUAACUUUUAUUUUGAGGGUGGCAAUUCAUCAAAUUCUUGGAGCUCCGCUUAGAGAAAGCCCAGAUUAUAUAAAUUUCAACCAUGUAACAGAAGUGGAGCUUGAUGAGUAUUUGGGGCCUACCUCUGGCAGGAAUGUUUUGCUAAGUGAAAUGGCUCAAGCCACAACGGAAAAGUCAGAAGAAAUGUUAGAACAAGGAAUUUCAAAAACUGAGAGCAUUGGACCAGAAGGCAGGGCUGACUGGUGUGUUUCUCACAAAACUUAUGACAUUGGCAAUAGAAAGGAGUUCGAAAGAUUUAAGAAAUUUAUAAAAGGUACUUUGGGGGAGAGAUACUGGUGGCUAUGGAUGGAUAUUGAGAGGUUAAAAGUUCUUAAGGAUCCUGGAAGACGUCAAAGACAUCUUGAGAAGAUGAAAAAGUGCUAUCUGGUGAGCAGUGGAGAUUGCUACCUUUCUGCAGAAAUCUUAUCAAAAUUUAAACUGCUAGAUGGAUCUCAGUGGAACGAAGGACACUUAAAAAACAUUCAGUCUGAGGUUGUAAAACCCUUACUUCUUUAUUGGGCACCAAGAUUCUGCAUUACUCAUUCAUCCUCAACAAAACAUGCUAGCGCUGAACUGAAGCUCUGGCACCUUCGUCAAGAGAAACCAAGGAAGGAUGUUGACCCUUUUCCACAAAUGGCAACGCUCUUGCCAUUAAGACCUAAAUCGUGCAUUCCACAGAUAUCUGAGAAAGAAAAAUCCAGUUUAUUGCAACUUUCGAAAUCUCCCAAGAAACCACCCAGAGUAAAAACAGCAAUUCAAAAACCUUUGAAGAGUGAGUCUUUGUAUCCAGUUUCUUCUAAGGAGGAUGUGACUGAGAAAGGGUCAAGGCACAUGUCAGAAAGCAGAGUUAUUCGUUUAACAUCUUUUACUGACAUUUCUGAAUGUCUGAAGCCCCAGCUGGAUAGAAGGUAUACUUAUACAGAAGAACCUUUGAUUAAAACCAUGGCAGAUGGUGCCUUGGGAGGAUUUGACAUGGAAAAUUUGUUGCAAUCUUUGUAUGUAGAAAAUAGAGCUGGAUUUUUCUUUACUAAAUUCUGCGAGAAUUCGGGGAACAAGUUGUGGAAGAACAGUGUGUACUUUUGGUUUGACCUACAAGCUUAUCAUCAGCUUUUCUACCAAGAAACACUUCACCCUUUUAAAGUAUGCAAGCAAGCGCAAUAUCUUUUUGCCACAUACAUUGCUCCUUCAGCCACUCUUGACAUUGGACUCCACCAGGAAAAGAAAAAAGAAAUUUAUAUGAAAAUACAGCCACCAUUUGAAGACCUUUUUGACACAGCAGAAGAAUAUAUCCUUCUCCUCCUUCUUGAGCCCUGGACAAAGAUGGUAAAAUCAGACCAAGUUGCUUACGGAAAGGUGGAGCUGGUGGAAGAAACUCGACAGCUAGAUUCCACAUGCUUCAGAAAACUACAGGCUUUGCAUAAAGAGACACUUUUCAAGAAAGCGGAGGACACCACUUGUGAAAUUGGAACUGGAAUUUCACCACUUCCUCAUGUCUCUAAGCAAUCAGAAUACUGGAAUAAUGUGCCUGCAGAAUAUAAGCAUUUUACUUUUAAUGAUCUGCUUAACAAUAAAUUGGAGUUUGAACAUUUCCGUCAGUUUCUUGAAGCUCAUUCUUCAAGCAUGGACCUUAUGUGCUGGACGGACAUUGAACAAUUCCGAAGAAUAGUUUACAGAGAUCGAGAGCAAAGGGAAGCAAAAUCUAUAUAUAUUAAAAACAAAUAUCUUAAUAAAAAAUAUUUCUUUGGACCCAACAGUCCAGCUUCUCUUUAUCAGCAAGACCAGAUAAUGAAUUUAAGUGGUGGCUGGGGAAAGAUUCUCCAUGAGCAGCUUGAUGCAGCCGUUCUGAUUGAAAUUCAGAAGCACGUCCUAAAUAGGCUAGAAAAUGUGUGGUUGCCGUUGUUUCUUGCAAGUGAACAGUUUGCAGCACGUCAAAAGAUAAAGGUACAGAUGAGAGACAUAGCUGAAGAGCUUUUACUACAGAAGCAUGAAAGGAAAAUCGGGGUCUGGAAGCCUGUGGAGAGUAAGUGGAUAUCUUCAUCAUGUGAAAUCGUUGCUUUCCGUAAAGCAUUGUUGAAUCCAGUUACCGCAAGACAAUUUCAACGGUUUGUGGCUCUGAAAGGAGAUUUAUUGGAAAAUGGGGUGCUCUUUUGGCAAGAAGUACAAAAAUAUAAGGACUUGUGCCAUUCUCAUUGUGAUGAGUCUGUCAUCCACAAGAAGAUCAUGACUAUUAUCAACUGUUUUAUUAAUUCCAGUAUUCCACCAGCCUUACAAAUUGACAUUCCAUUAGAGCAAGCCCAGAAGAUUAUUGAACACAGGAAGGAGUUAGGACCAUAUGUAUUUAGAGAGGCACAGAUGACAAUUUUUGGGGUUCUGUUUAAAUAUUGGCCUCAGUUUUGUGCGUUUAGGAAGAACUUAACUGAUGAAAAAAUUAUGAGUGUUUUGGAGAGAAGACAAGAAUAUAGUAAGCAGAAAAAAAAAUCAGCAGUCACAGAAGAUGAAAAAUCUGCAAAGGAUGGAAUCAAACAGUAUCCGAGUACUUCAGGAUCUGCUAUCAAAACAGCCACUUUAGUCAGUGACCCAGGUUUAGGCCUGCAAGCGUACGGCCGACAGCCAACCUGGUGCUACUCGAAGUACAUAGAAGCUUUAGAACAGGAAAGAAUUCUUCUUAAAGUUCAAGAAGAACUAGAAAGAAAGUUGUUUGCAGCCACGCCAUCUUUUACAACUUUCAAGUCUACUGCUUCCAAUAUGUCUCUGAAAAAGACCAUAUCUUCUCACAACAUCCAGAGAAUUCUUUAAACCAAAUUUAACUAACAAUGGAAGCUCAAAUGCUUUUUGACAGUCUGCUUUAGAGCAAGCCUAUCAUCUAAAUAAAGUUUGGCUUGUUUUACUUCCACAGUUCGAAACUUACAGCUACUCUGUACACGUGACAUACAAGACUAUAAAAAAUUUUUAAACUUAUUUAGAAUAAAACAACUUCUAUCUAGGUUAGAAGAGUCAAAAUGUUUCAUUUAUCACAGACCUUAAGGAGCAAUAAAUGUUUUGCUCCUCAAGUAGUCUUUCAACAGAUGUUUCUUGAGUAUUCACUGUACAGUUGACCCUUUCACAACACAGGUUUGAACUACGCAGGUCCACUUAUAUGCAGAUAUUUUUCAGUAGUAAAUACUACAAUACUAUAAGAUCUCUGUAUGAUGAAUCCACAGAUACGGAACUGCAUACAUGGAGGAACCUUCGGUACAGGGGCCUACUAUAAGUUAUAUGCAGAUUUUCAACUUUGCAGAGGGUCAGUACCCCUACCCUCCAUGUUGUUCAAUGGUCAGCUGUAUCUGGUUAGUAGAUAUAUUCAGCAAGUGGUCAGGGGACCAAUAUUGCUAGCAAUAAAUUGACCCAAAACAUAAAGGGAAGACCCUUCCCCACUUUAUCCCUAUCCCUAUACACAAUUCUAAAAAAAAAAAAAACCCCAUUAAAGCAGUGGUUCUCAAACCUUAGUGUGCAUCAGACUCAGUGUAACAUUUGCUAGAAAUGCAGAUUCCUGGGCUCACCCUCUGAGAGGCUGAUUCAGUAGUUCUUGGACAGGACCCAGGAAUCUCCCUCUUUAACAGACAUCCUCGUUGUCUCUGUGACACAGGUGUUCCACAGUCCACUCUUUGACGUAAACUGUUAGGGUAGUAAGAGAAGAGCUUUAAAAGGUAAAAGCUCUCUUAUUAACUGGAGUUACACUUGUAGCAGAGAGAACCCAGACACGCAUCCUCCUGUCCUCUUCCUGGAGGCAAAGGAGAAUGUGUGAGAGAUGAUCUGGGGGGUGAAGCUUCACCAUCCGUAGGCCCUGGGACUCAGAAGCUGUGACCUGGAGUAGUGGCUUGGAGGCACUGGACUUACACUCUGUUACGAUCCCAGAAAGUAUUUUCAAGUAGAAACUGCCAUUCCUAAUUCACUAAAGAGUUGGACAUUUUAAAGGGGGAAAGCAUCAGGAGGCACACAUCAGAGAUCAUUUUUUCCCUAAAGCAGUGGUUUUUGGACUCUUUUUUUUUUUAAGCAUUGGAACCCUGUAGUUCCCUCUGCUCCCACACUCCUCUAGACCCCAUAUUGGCCAAGACGUUUGUAUCUGUUUUCCAUUCAUUGCCCUUGUCUUCUUUUUUUUUAAUUCCAUUCCUUUUCUGCCUUCUUUUGAUUUUAAUUGAGCAUUUUAUGUGAUUCCAUUUUCUCUCUUAGCAUAUCAAUUAUACUUCUUUUUAAAAUUUUCUUAUUGUUAUUUGAAUACUAGCAUCUGACAUAGAACAUCUAGAAAAUAGAUGUUUAUUAAAUAUUUGCUGGAAAAAUGAAGGAAAUAUCUCCACUCUAAAAUCUUCAAAAGGUAAAAAGUAUUGCUCAUCUAAGAAUGUCAGUAUAAUGCUAUUCACAAAAAUUUCCACUUGUAUUAUUGUAAUGAUAAAUGCCCAGUAAUGUGGUUAUUUUAUACCAUUUUUCAUAUUUAUGAAAAUAGACCAAUGUGUCAUCGUGUCUUUCAGAGAAAAAAUUAACACAUAUUAAAUCACAUUCAAUCACUUAAGUCACUUUCAGCCUGAGUUUCUCAACCUUGGCACUAUUGACAUUUUUGGCAGCUAAUUUUUUUUGUUGUGAAGGGCUGUCCUAUACAAUGUAGAAUGUUUAACAAUAUCCCUGGCUUCUACUCACUGUAUGCUGGUAGCCCCUCCCCAGCUGUGACAACCAACAACAUCUCCAGACAUUGCCAAAUCAUCCCUAAUUGAGAACUACUUUAGCGUUGGAACAUUUUUGCAUUUUACUUUUUGAAAUCUCUAAUUACAAUGGAAUCUUCAGAUUCUAGUUCCCCAGCAUAUCAUUUUUUAAAAGUAUAAUGCCUGUUAGCUCCAUUAUGCUACCAACAGCACCUUCUAACUGAUGACAGCUUGUUUGUUUUAGUGAGUAGCUGUUAUUACAGCCACUUGAAUAAUUUCUCCUUUUACAUCAUCUUUGAAAGUAAAAUGCCUAAAGGAGAUGCUCAGCCAAUGUUUGUUGAAUUAAUAACACACAAAUUCCUUAGAUUUAAUGUAACAUAUACUAUAUUUUAGGUAAUCUUAAAAGUGCCCUUAAAUCUGUCUUGGCUUUGUACAAAUAAAUAAAUAAAUUCUAACUGUGCUA